GAGUAACGAAAAAUCAUAAGCAAACAACGCAUACGAACACGUCGAACUUUAUCUUUCUUAAGAGUUAUUAACGGCGGUUGCCUCCAUUGUACUCAAGUUCUGCUUUUGCAAGCAUUUAUUAUUAUUAUUUCCCACUUUUAUAAUAUUUUCGUACCGCCAAAAAGAAAAACAAUGAGCGACUUCGCUGCCCAGCUGAACGCACAUGUGCAGAAGGCCGGUGGUGCCAACCCCAGCAUGGCCGCUGCCACGUUCAACGCCCCUUACGAGGUCGCCCGCAAGACAAAGGUCCUGGGGGCUACGGACCGCAGCCUGCUGGACUCUCCCGCCUGGAAGCGCCUUCAGUCUCUGUACGAGAAGCACGGCAACGAGACGAUUGUUUCCCAUUUCGAAAACGACCCAGAGCGUUUUAAACGCUACUCUGUCGAGGUGGACCUCCGCAGUGACAGCAACUUCCUCUUCCUGGAUUACUCCAAGUCGCACAUCAACGACGAGGUUAAGGACGCCCUGAUCGCCCUGGCGGAGGAGCGUGGUGUACGCGCGUUCGCCACGGCGCUGUUCGACGGCCAGAAGGUAAACACGACCGAGGACCGCGCUGUUCUCCAUGUUGCUCUCCGCAACCGCAGCAACCGCCCGAUCCUCGUCGACGGAAAAGACGUCAUGACGGACGUGAACCGCGUGCUUGGGCAGAUGAAGGUCUUUUCCGAAAAGAUUCGCAGCGGCGAAUGGAAGGGGCAGACUGGCAAGAGCAUCCACUACAUCGUGAACGUCGGUAUCGGUGGUAGCGACCUCGGCCCGGUGAUGGUGUCUGAGGCGCUGAAGCCGUUCUCGCAGCGCAACAUCCACUGCUUCUUCGUUUCCAACGUUGAUGGCACGCACAUGGCGGAGGUGCUGCGCCAGGUCAAGAUGGAAGAGACACUCUUCAUUAUUGCCAGCAAGACGUUCACGACGCAAGAGACCCUGACGAACGCGAUGUCUGCACGUAACGGUUUCAUGGACCACCUCAAGCAGCACAACAUUCCGACUGAGGGUGCGGUGGCGAAGCACUUCGUCGCCCUUUCCACCAACACGGAGAAGGUUCGUGAAUUCGGCAUUGAUACCGCGAACAUGUUCGAGUUCUGGGACUGGGUCGGCGGCCGCUACUCUGUGUGGUCUGCCAUCGGCCUCUCCGUCAUGAUCUCCGUCGGGUAUGAAAGCUUCGUUGAGCUCCUGACUGGCGCACACGUCAUUGAUAACCACUUCGCCAGCGCUCCGGUGGAGCAGAACCUGCCGAUGAUGCUCGCUCUGGUCGGCAUCUGGUACAACAACUUCUUUGGCACCGAGACGCAGGCGGUGCUUCCGUAUGACCAGUACCUGUGGCGCCUGCCCGCGUAUCUCCAGCAGCUGGAUAUGGAGAGCAACGGCAAGGGUGUGACGAAGAAAGCCGGCGCCGUCCCGACGCAGACGGGUCCCAUCGUGUUCGGCGAGGCUGGCACGAACGGGCAGCACGCGUUCUACCAGCUGAUUCAUCAGGGUACCAAGAUCAUCCCAUGCGACUUUAUCGGCGCCAUUCAUACGCAGAAUCGCGUCGGCGAUCACCACCGUAUUCUGAUGAGCAACUUCUUCGCUCAGACGGAGGCUCUGAUGGUCGGCAAGAGCGCUGAGGAAGUUCGCCGGGAGCUGAUGAAGUUGGGCAUGUCCUCUGACGCCAUCCAACGCCUGAUCCCGCACAAGACAUUCACUGGCAGCCGCCCCAGCAACUCUAUCUUGGUGAACGCCCUGACUCCCCGUGCUUUGGGUGCGAUCGUCGCCAUGUACGAGCACAAGGUUCUCGUCCAGGGUGCCAUCUGGGGCAUCAACAGUUACGACCAGUGGGGUGUUGAGCUCGGCAAGGUGCUCGCCAAGUCUAUUCUUCCUCAGCUCAAGAAGGACAACCAGGUCAGCAACCACGACGGCUCGACCAACGGCCUGAUCAACAUGUUCAACUCUCGUGCUCACUUGUAA